UCCUGUCCCGGGUGGCCAGCCCGCCCGCCGUCCCGGAUACCGCCGCAGUCGGGACUUCCGGCUCGGGCCGGAAGCGUACGCGCCCCGCCCCCAGAGGCCCGCCCCACUCAUGACGUCAGAGUGCCGCUGCCCACCGCGCAGCUUCUCUGAGUGAGAACAAAGCGGCCGGAAUAGGGGCUGGAUCCCCGGCUCUGGCGUUGCAGGUGCCAGCGCGUCCCUUCAGGUUGGCGGUUGUCUGGGCCUGGCGACUCAGCGAUCCUCAGCCUUGCCCUCUGGUGCCCGCUCGUGACUAUCAUCGCCCCAUCACUCCUUGCUGCGGAGAGCAUCGCAGGGACUUGGAGGACCAGCAUCGGUCGCUUUGGCCCCCGAUUGUCUGUCCGAGCCUAGGGGAGCCCGCCCUCCCGCGCCUUCUCUGGGCCUGGCCUGGCACUUUGCCCACCGGCGCACGGACGCGAGCACGGAGCACUAGAUCACGGUGAGGGGAAGCGGGCCCGGUGCGGCCCUGUAGGCUGCUGGACCUCGCCACGUUGACGAGAUUUCUCUGGGGUACCGCGGAGGAAUACUUUGAAUUGCGGUGGCUGCCUGUGGUCUGGAAUAUUUAUUUAGAACUUAAGUCUGUUAUUUCGGUCACCAUGACUUUGAGGCUGUUAGAAGACUGGUGCAGGGGGAUGGACAUGAGCCCUCGGAAAGCGCUGUUGAUUGCCGGCAUCCCCGAGAGCUGCAGUGUGGCAGAAAUCGAGGAGGCUCUGCAGGCUGGUUUAGCUCCCCUAGGGGAGUACAGGCUGCUUGGAAGGAUGUUCAGGAGGGAUGAGAACUGCAAAGUAGCCCUAGUAGGGCUUGCUGCGGAGACUAGUCGUGCACUGGUCCCUAAGGAGAUACCGGGAAAGGGGGGUAUCUGGAGAGUGAUCUUUAAGACCCCCGACCCAGAUAAUGAUUUUCUAAGCAGAUUAAAUGAAUUUUUAGAGGGAGAGGGCAUGACAAUGGGUGAGUUGACCAGAGCUCUUAGAUACGAAAAUGGCUCCUUAGACCUAGGGCAGGGCAUGAUCCCAGAAAUGUGGGCCCCUAUGUUGGCACAGGCAUUAAAUGAGGCUCUUGAGCCUGCCCUGCAGUACUUCUACUAUAAAAAGCUGAGCGUGUUCUCAGGCAGUGAUUCUCCAGAACCGGAAGAAGAAGAAUUUGAACCCUGGCUGUUUCAUACUACUCAGAUGUUAAAGGUGUGGGAGGUGUCAGAUGAAGAGAAGAGAAGGCGAGUGCUAGAGAGCCUUCGAGGCCCAGCACUUGAUGUUAUUCGUGUCCUCAAGAUAAACAAUCCUUUAAUUACUGUCGAUGAAUGCCUGCAGGCUCUUGAGCAGGUAUUUGGGGUUACAGAUAGUCCUAGAGAGUUGCAUGACAAAUUUCUAACCACUUACCAGAAGGAGGAAGAAAAGUUGUCGGAUUAUGUACUAAGGCUGGAGCCUUUGUUACAGAAGCUGGUACAAAAAGGAGCAAUUGAGAGAGAUGCUGUGAAUCAGGCCCGCCUAGACCAAGUCAUUGCUGGUGCAGUCCACAGAACAGUUCGCAGAGAGCUUAAUCUGCCAGAGGAUGGCCCAGCCCCUAGUUUAUUGCAGUUACUGGUACUAAUAAAGGAUUAUGAAGCAGUUGAGGAGGAGGAGGCCCUUCUCCAGGCAAUAUUAGACCGUCAUUUCACCUGAAUCUCAGGGAAUCACGAAGGGAUAUGGCAGUGAGCAGAGCAUGAAAGUAGAACAGUCUGUAUACUCUUGUACAAGACACAUAAAUUCCUUACCUUGUACUGCCAAGUUACUCGGUAUACGCCCUUUGUUAUUUCUGUGCCUAUUUAAGAUCUAAAGGUGUCAUUGACUAGGAAGGAUGUAGUUCUACACUGCUAUUUACCUACUUAAAUUCAUCCCUGUGAAUAUCUUGUUUGUUGUCGUUGAGACCAAGUCUUGCUCUGUCGCCCAGGCUGGAGUGCAGUGACGUGAUCUUGACUCACUGCACCCUCCACCUCUUGGGUUUAAGUGAUUCUCCUGCCCCAGUCUCCCUAGUAGCUGGGACUACAAGUGUGUGCUGCCACACCCAGCUAAUUUUUGUAUUUUCAGUAGACACGGGGUUUCACCAUGUUGGCCAGGCUGGUCUCGAACUCCUGACCUCAAGUGAUCCACCUGCCUCGGCCUCCCAAAGUGCUGGGAUUAUAGGUGUGAGCCACUGUGCCUAUCCUCAUCCCUGUGAAUUUCUUAUUGUAUAAAAGUUCUUUAACUACUUGUGUACAGUGCUCUGAGGGGACAGACAAGGCUCAGGUGCAUAUGCUGAUCAGAUCUCAUUAAACUGUCAGCUUGUUUGGUACCAAGUGCAAGUGUGCCAUGUCACAUGUGACCGUGUUGGAUCAUUAACAAUUUUUAGGUGUGUACUGACCUACAUUUAUGGUGAAGAUUAUGAGCAUUUUAUGAGAAGCGUUUUAUGAGAAGUUAAGAUACUAAGUUAUUAUCUGUAUGAAUCAGAAUUUUAUUGAUUCUGUACAAAAGCAAAAGGCAGAAUUGAAUGCUGAUUAAAGUUUGCAGUGACCAUCUUUAACCACAGAUUUCUGCUAUGUAUUAUCAAAAUAUCUAGUUCUCAGUAUCAUUUUCACAAUUGUUAUGAAAUUAUAGGUGUGAACUUCUAAAAUAAAAAAAUGCUAAUAAAAUGA